AUGGGAGGCUGUGCGAGCAAACCAAAGGAGUUCGAUACCGCCCGCCCUGAGGCUCUCCCAGCUGACUCCACCAGACCCGAGAAAGCAGACCGUGAAGCCGAAACGACUACUGAUAGUACCAACGUUGCAGCUGAUCAAGAGGCGGUGGACACCACCAACACCACCAAUGUAGAAGCAGAAGCACCUCUGGUAGAUCUCUCAGAGCCAAAGGAGGAGGAGGAGGAGGAAGCCGCACCUGUUGUUGUUCCUGCUGCUUCUGCUGAGGCUGCGGCUGAGGCUGAGGUGGUGGCAACUCAGAAACCAAAAGAGGAAAAAGUAGCUGAUCAAGUUGAAGUUGCUGCCAGGCAACUAGCAGAGGUCAAUCUUGUUGAGGCUGCUAAGGAGACCAAAGAGAAAGAGAUGCUGGCGGCUCAAGAGAUCAAACCAAAGGCCAAAGAGGAGGAGCAGCCUGCUGCAGACAUCAUCAAACCCAAGGCCAAGGAGGAGGAGCCUGCUGCGGACAUCAAACCCAAGGCCAAAAAGGAGGAGGAUGUUCAAGACAAACCAAAGGCAGCUCCUGCCUCAGAGGGCCAGAAAAAAGAUGCACCUAUUCUCGCUGUUUGA